AUGUCUCUUGCGUUGCCGGCACGCCUGGCCGCCAUGGCUGCAACGAUGGCCGCCCUCCUUGCUUUGGCCUCCGCAGCUGCUGCGGGCUGCCAUGAAAGUGGCUGCGAGCCCUACGAGCAGGCCGCUCUGCUGCAGGUCACGGGCAAGUCCUCGGCGUCGCAUGCGUCGCGUGCGUCGCUGUGGCCCUUCCCGGGCCUCGCGCGGCGUGAGGGGGGCACGGUGGAGCAGAGCAGGCUGGAGGGUGUGCACAAAGUCCAUGCAGACAUUGAAAAGCUGGCGCUCCAGCAGCUGGCGGAGCUCGAGGCCCGGAACCUCAGUGACUACAACCUGUCGCGGGAUGACUUCGGCCUCACCAACACAACCCUGAGCCUCCUUAACACGGUGUUGACGGAGAUGGGGAGCCUGCUGACGGAGAUCAACGCUUCGCAUAUCGCAGACGAGCAGCUGCUGUUGGAUUUGGCUGAGGGUUUCGUUCAGUGCAAUGUCGAUCUUUCAGUGCGGCAGGCUAUGAGCCAGAACCUGAGCAGCAUCGUCAACGACUCCAGCAACGCCCACGACACCUGCCGCAGCACCGAGCAGACCCUGGCAGCCGAGAACGCCAGCGCCUGGGCGGCAUACCAUGGCUACGGCAGCCAAUCUCAGCCUGGCAGCGAGUCUCUGCCGCAGGACGUGGUGGACUGCAUUCAGAACUUUUUGAAUGGCUACAGCCCUCAGACGGACGCGCACUUGCAGAGCAUGAUCGACUGUGCGGCAACCAUCCAGUCCUGGACUGCUUCUUUCACGCAGAACAUGACGGGCCUGCGGGACGCCUACUUUGCCAGCUUGUAUGCGUUGAACAACCACAGUGAGGACUGCCGCGUGAACCAGUCCACAUUGGAGAGCCACUUCUGCGAGUAUCACCAGCAACUCACGGACAGCUGCGCUGCCACGGACUCCUGCUUCGCAAAUGUCAAUGAGACCUGGCACGAACUACUUGAUUCAGUGGCGGCCUCCAGCGCGCGACGGGAGGCUUCCUACAUCGCGGCCUCGAAGGUGAUCUGUUACAUCCAGGUCCUCCAGUCGAACCUCACGCACCCAGCUGUGCAGGCCUGCCAGGACCUCGUCGUGGACACCUCUGGGAUCGCCGUCUCCGAGCCUACGCCCGCUGGCAAAGGCGCUUGCGACACCUCGCCCGUGGCCGAGUUCCCCUGUGAGGAGUCCUGGGUGCAGGCCGAAUACGAGAGCAAGACCUGGUACACCCAGAGCCCACAGAUCUUGCCCGACACGUGCAUCUCCUGUGCCGCCCGGACUUCCACCACGACCACCGCCGCACCGGUGGCGCUGUUGGCCGGUGUGGGGCAGACCCACACCACUCUCUGCGCCUUGGACGAUGGCGUCGCUAGCAAGUUGAAGUGCGUCGGGCGCAACGACGAUGGAGAGGUGGGCGACCCCGACUCCGUGGGCCACGUGGACCUGGGACCCGGCCGCGUCGCAACCUCCGUGGAGGGCGGUCGGGGCUUCCACUUCUGCGCCCUGGAUGACGUCGGCGAGAUGAAAUGCUGGGGGAAGAACACCCAAGCCCAGCUGGGUCUGGGUGACCUCAACAGCAAAGGUGACGGUACUGGGGAGGGGUGA